UGAUCAGGUGGCCAUGAUAGCUGAACGCUCGAGCGAUUACUUCCGGUGUGCAGCGCAUGUCUGUUACAACGUGUCAAUAUGGAACACCAGGUUAUUCUGUGGUACCCAUGAAAGAAAUUCAUACGUAUGGUGAAGGAAAUUUACCGAGAACAUGUUCCGAAAACUGAUUAAAAAACUUGAACAGGGAGUUGGAAACUCUAAUAUACCCCUACCUUUCACGGAAACUGAAAGUAAUGUUUCCUUAAGCAAUACAGAUAAUGUGAGUGCAAAGUCACCAACAGGAAAUGUGGAUGAACCUAUAGACACUGCAUCAGUCAAAACUGAUGAAGUUACUGUAACCAAUAAUGUCUCACUUGAUACAGCAAACUCAGUUAGCUCACCCAGUUCACCUACCAUGGGGAUGUUGAUUGACAUACCACUCAAUGAUGGUUCUCUUAUUGAAUCAAGUGCAGAAGAAUUUGCUGCUGAUGAUGAUGUAUCAUUAUUAGGAAAGCAGCAAGAACAACCAAAUAGCGGCAUGUCUGUUAUAUCCCUUGGAGCAAUGUCACCAAAUACUUCUGCUAGCUCUGCAUAUGAAACGCCUUUUCAAUCACCCUUGCCUCCAAUACAUUACCAAAUGCCGUCCGAUAUUGAGAGUGAAAUUGAAGAAAGUGCUUUCAAUGUAGAUAUUCUCUCUAAAGAAGAACUUUACACUUUGGUAAAGAAGUAUGAACACCGAGCCAGACGCUACAAGUCCAAAUUCAAUGAAAUAGUUAUUACUUUCAAAGAACUUUUGCAAGAACAAGAGAAAUUAAAGAAAAACCUUGCACACUCACAAGACAAGUCUUUUCGACGUAUAUCUGAAUUAAAAGAGCAGAUUAAUCUUGAUCAGUUGGCUAAACGAGAUCUUGAAGAAAAUUACCGCCUUAUGCUUGAUGAGAAAGAUGAACAAGUGAAUGUCUUAAAAACGCAGGUCAGGCUUCUUAAAGAAGGAAAAGAUAUCUCUGUAGAAAAUUACAACCAAAGCAAAGAAACUGCUUCUGCUGUAGGUAAUGAAAAACCAGUAGAAAGUAUUUCAGCACUUCAUGAGAAGGUUAAACGCCUUGAAAAUUUGCUGGGUAAAUGCCGUGAAACCAUAAAAAAUAACAAAGAACGUACUAUUGUACUCUGCGAAGAGAAUGACAAUUUGAAAACACAGUUGAAAAAGAUUGAAGAAGCCCAUUUGACGUCCAAUAGCAGCACUGAAAUAAAUAGGCUUCAGAACCAAAUCAAACAAGCCAGAGAAGUUAUUGAGCAGCUAGAGAAGGACCGAGAGCUGGCAAUAGCAGAGGGCAAGAAAUCUGUGUAUGAAGCUAUUGAAGAAAAGGACAAAGAAAUAAGUGAAAUUCGGGCAUCAUUUCAAGUUUUACAAGGGCAAUUCGAUGACCUUGCACAGUCUAAGAAAGAAGUAGACAGGCAAGCUGCUGAACAGUUGGAAAAAUCUCGUGAGAUCAUUAAGCAACUAAAAGAGGAGAAAAAACAGGCUAUUAUUCAGUUAGAAGACAAACUAAAACAUGCAGAGAAAACAAUGGAAGAAGAGAAAGAAAAUCUUGUACAAGAACUUUCAAGAGGAAAAGCAUUAGCCAUUUCACUUGUCCAGGAAGAACACGAGAAAGCUCUAGAAGAAAAAGUAAAAACUGCUAUUCAAGAACAAGAAAAUAUAUGGAAAGAAAAACUUGACAAAAUUGAAACUAGCCAUCAGGAUGCUUUAACCUCUAAGCUCAAAGAACAGGAAUUAUGGCAGAGACAGAAGGAAGAAGAUUUUUAUCGGCAACUGGCUGAAUAUCGAGAAGAAAUGCGGUUAGCUAUUGAAGAACGUGAAUUGCAGAAAAUGGCUGCAUUAUCUCAACAAGACAGUUUAAGAGAUGCCCUCCAAUGUGAAAUUGGCGAGCUCAAGUCUGAAAAAAUUGAAAUGCAGCAACGAAUAAUUCAGCUAGAAGAGGCAAAAAGUAAACUGGAAGAAGAGCAUGCUGAGUUUAUGGAUAAGUCACGAUUAGCAAAUGAAGAUCUUGUAAAAGAGCUUACUGAGAGGCACUCAGCUGAACUAACUAAAGCCUUAGAAGAGCAAGAGUCUCAGUCAAUGGAAAAAUUGCAAAGUUAUAUUCAAAAACAUUCUGAAGAAUUGGAAGUUCUCAGGAUCAACCAUCAAGAAGAAUUUGUAAAUUCCAAUACUGAGCUUUACAACUACUACGAGAGCAAACUUGAAAAGGUACUUUCUGGGUAUAAACAAAUGUUGUCAGAGAAGAACAAUCAACUGGAACAGGCAAACCAUAAUGUUCAAGUUUGUAAAGAAAAAAUGUCUGCUAUGCAGGUACAAUUUGAAUCACGCACCCAAGGCUUUGAAACUCGUCUGGCAGAGCUUCAAAAGACUCUACAAAGUGAGAAAGACAAUUGCAUUAAAUUACAAAAAGAAAUGGAAAACAGCAAAAUUCAGUAUGAAGAAGGCAUCCAGAAUCUGAAAGAUCAAUGUAAUGAAAGAUUUAACUAUGUGCACCAACUAGAAGAGGAGAAAGGUAUUCUCAAAAAGGAGCUGGAAUUGACACGCCUUUCUAAAAUGGAAUUAGAAAAACAAGUGACUAAAGAGUUGGACAAACAAGCAUCGCAUUCUGGUGAAGAACUUUCAAAAAUUCAAACACUAGAAAAAGAGCAUCAAAAAUUUAUUGAAACAAUUACUUUAAUGACAGUAAAAGAAGAAACUAUGAAAAAAGAAAGUACCUCUUUGGACAAAGAAUUGAAGCUUAUCAAAGAGAAAAACAAUCAACUGUUAGACACUAUAGAUUCUAAAGAAAAAAAAUUGUUGGAUGUAGAAGCAACAUUUGAGAGCCUUUUGAAGACAAAUGAAAAAAUGAAUGAAGAAUUAGAAACAAGCAAACUUCUAGUUAACACUUUAGAACAAGAGAAAGAACAAUGUAAAGAAGAAAUUCAGUGCUUACAGAGUAAUUUAACUCAACAAGGAAAUGAUAUUGAGAAAAUGAUGCAGGAAAACGUCUUCUUUAAAUCGCACGGUAAUGAAUUGGAAGAGAAAAAUGCAAAUCUUGAAAAGGAGUUAAAUUUGAAGAUAGUAGCAUUUGAAGAAAAAAUUAUUGAAUUGGAAAAUUCCCUACAAAAGAUUACUGAGCUGAGAGAAGAAAAUGAUUGCUUGAAGAAGUUAAAUGAAUCUCUUGAAGAUGACAAAUUUCAGCUUAACACAGAAUGGAAAAUUAAAAUGGAUAAAUUGCAGGCAGUAAAAGAUGCUGAACUAAGUGAUGUUUCAGAAGAACAUUCCACAAAGUUGAUGAACUCUAUAUGUGAAUACCAAGACAAAUUGAAGGAUAUGGCAAGCAUUAAAGAACAAUUAACUCUGGAGAAAAAUGAAGCUAUCAAAGAAUCAAACUUGGUGCAACAACAGCUAGCAAAAAAGUACCAAGAAGCAGAAUCUAUCAUCAUUGUCCUUAAUGAUAAGAAUUCAGAUUAUGAGAAACAAAUCAAGGAAUUGUUGAUUAAAACUGAAUCAGUAGAUGAGAUCAAGCAAGAAUUGAUGGAAAAUAGAUUACUUACGCAACAACAAGUUGACAAUCUUCAACAAGAAAAUAGCCAAUUAAAAGAAAAGUAUGAGGAAGAAAUGAGUGAGAAAGAUUCUAAGAUGUCUUUGCUACAGACUUCACUAGAGCAGAAAUUAGCAGAAAAAACUUGUGAAAUUGAAGAACUACAAAGUCAGUUGAGUAAUAAUCAAAUAAAUGAUGCAGAAUUACAGGAAAAUUUGAAAACUCUUCGGGAGAAAUUGUCUGUUGCUGAAGAUAAACUUAGUGAUUGUAUCCAAAACUAUGACAGAGAUAUUGAAGAACUUAAAGCAAAUGUUGAAACACGUGAAAAGGAACUCAGUAAAAAAACUCAUGAAUUUCAUCAGAAGGAAAAUCAGCUCAAAGCUAAAAUUGAUGAUUUGGAUUCUCAUUUCAAAGAUAAUCAGGCUGAAACGAAUAAUAAAAUAAUGUUGCUAGAAUCUCGGAUACAAGAAAGUCAAGAGAAACAUCUACAAAUUGAAGACUUAGAGGAAAAAAUUGAUAUUCUAGCAAAAGACAAAGAAUCUCUAACUGAUGAAUUAAAAGAAGCUACUUCCAAGUUAGUUGAAUAUACGAAAUCUAAUGAGGAGAAACACAUUUCAGAAAAAGAAAAUGAAAAUCUCUUGAAAGAAGUAGAAUCUUUAAGAAAUAUCAAGGUAAAUAUAGAAUGUCAAUUAGAUGAAAAAGAAACUUUUUGUCAGGAAUAUAGUGUCAAAAUUAAUGAAGUUGAAGAGAAACUUAGACAAAGUGAAGAUAAUUUAAAACUAGUCCAAGGAAAUUAUGAGCAGCUUCAAAAGAAAUAUGAAAUUCUAAACUGUUCUACAAAAAGUGUUGCUGAAGAAAUCCAAGAGAAGCAAGCUGAAGUAGUGUCUGUUUCUCAGAAAUUGAGUUUAGCUGUUUCUGAACGAGAUCAGUUAAAAGCUGAAAUGGAAAAGAAAAUAAACGAACUUCUUGAAGAUCAUCAAUUAAAGUUAACCAAAAUGGAGACAGAAGCUAAUAAUAAGAAAGCAGAAUAUAAAAAAAAGGCUGAAAUCUAUAUCUCUCAGCUUAAGAAGCAAUCUGAAGAAUGUCAGCAGACAGCAAUAUCUGAACAAAAGAAAUCGACAAAAGAAAUUGAACACUUGAAAGAAGAGUUGAAGAAAAUAAAAAAUGAAAAGAAAUUGAUGGAAGAAGAUUUUGCUCAAUGGAAGAUUGAUCACUUAGAGAAAAUGAGAGACCGAGAGAACAUCUUACAAGACAAACUUCAGCUUGCUGAGAAUAAACGGACAUCUGAAUCACAGGUAAAAUCUGAAAACGAACAGCUAAACCGACAACUCUUGAAUCUUGAAAUGAAAAUCAGCCAACAAGAAGAAAUGCAUGAAACUGAGAUAAAGUCACUUAAGCUAGAGAAAGAGAACUUGAGUCAACAGUUGCAAAAACUAAAAUCAUCUUCUGAAGAAAGCAAGUUAAACUCUGAGAAAAAACAUACAGAAGAAGUUGAAUUCUUAAAGAAACAGCAUGAGCUUGAGAAGCAGGAAGUGGAAAAUAUACACAAUGCUAAGAUCAAAGCAUUAGUUAAAGAUAUUCAUCAACAGUUGGCGGAGAAAGACAAAGGCUAUGAAGAGUCUUUUAAUGAAGCACUGGAACGUUGCCAACAAGAAGAAACCAAUAUGAUGCGGCAACACCGCAGGGAAAUUGAUGAAAUGACUAAAGAACUAAACUUAAGCCAGAAGGCUUAUGAGGAUUUAGAAGAAAAAUAUCACACUGAACUUCAAAAAAUACAGGAAGAAAUGGAACACAAAUCUCACCAGCUCCAAAAUCAAAUUGAUCAUGAAGGACAAAUCCACCAGGAAAAAUUAGUUGAACUUCAAGGAAAACUUGAGGCAAAGUUUAACCAGCAGACGGAAAGUCUACAAAAGCAGCAUAACCAAGAAGUGUCAGCUCUUAGCAGUGAGUGGAACCAUGAGAGAAAGGAAUUGGUUGUUCAAAAUCAAUGCACCUUAGAAGCAGUUCAAAGUGGCACUCCAAAUGGGGAGGUCCUACGACGCCAAGUCAUUGACUUAACGCAUCAGUUAGAAAUGGAAAAAGAAAAGCACAAAUUACAAAUCGCUGAGUUACAAACCCAAAAUGAAAUGCAUCGUAGUCAACUUGCAGAACCUUUGUUAGCAGCUCCAAGCCUAGAUGAUGACUAUAAUGCUGAUCUUCAGAAUUUGCAAUUGGACAAUACAGAUUUGAAACUUCAAGUAAAACAUUUAAAUGAUGACCUUGCAGAAUGUCAUACUCAAAUUGAAGUCUUAUUACAAAAGAUUGAUAAACUGGAAAAUACCAGCAUAGUUGAACCAGAGAGUAGUUCAGUCCUAAAUACAACAUCAUAUCACUACAGAGACAAUUAUAACUGCAACCUGAAUGAGCCACUAUUGCGGGAACCUACUGAGUUUGAGUAUUUAAAAAAUAUCCUGUACCAAUAUAUGAUAGGGAAAGAGACCAAGACGCUUGCCAAAGUUAUUGCUACAGUUGUCCAGUUUUCUGAUGACCAAACAAACAACAUUAUGGCUCAAGAGGAUAUACGAGCAACGGCCUCACCAAGAGCCCACUCCCAGUUGUAACUGUUGAGACCUUGAACCUUACCCAUUUGAUCAGGCCUGGCUGUCACCUUGAGGCUACAAAUCUCCAAGAAUUGAAACAUUCCAAUCCAGAAACUUUUGGCUUUCAGUAUUCCCCACAUUCUCACAUGAUAAUUCUGCUUUCUAGAUUCACUUCUCUGUGAGUUUUCUGGUGGAAAGGAAAUAGCAUCAAGUUCAGGAGACUAGCAACUGCAUCACCAGAUAAAAGAUGACAUAAUGAAGAAGGCCCUAAAAUAUCCCAGACUCUGUUGUUUAUUUUAUUUUAUUUUUGUUUGUUAGUUGUUUUUUAAGACAGUUAUAUGAAUUUCUUCUUACGUUCUUCAACAAUGCAUUUCUGUAGAACAAUGGGCAUGUAGUUGCCACAACAACUACUACUGCCCAAUCAAUCAUCAGUUGCAGGGGAUUAGCUAUCAAGUUUGCAAACUAAAGAGUAAUGUUGUUUGUUUUUGGAAAAAGAGAACAUUACUAGUAAUGGUUAAAAAGUUAAAUAACUUCACAAAAUUGAAUAAGAAUAUGUACUAUGAGAAGUGUAUUCUAACAUUUGGGACAUUAAUGUGUGUUGCUGCAAAAGGGCUAAAUAUAGCCUUUCAACUAGCUCCUCAUUAUUUUCCCUAAGAAGUGCUCUGCUUAGAGCAUUUGAAUUCACUUCUCACAUGUUAUCUGAACAAUGUUUUGUUUCUAUCACGUCAUCAUUAUCAUCUGUCUUUAUUGUUAUCAUCACCAUAAUCCAUUGUUAUUCAUCUACAAAAAAUCAGUCCAUGGAAUUAAUUUUUUAAGCAAUUGGGGUAAUUUCAGUUUGCUAAAAAUAUUUUUUAACAUUAUUUAUAUUCUAUAACAAUCAAUGUAUGAAUAUGUGAUUGGGUGUGGAAGAUCAUUUUGCUUUAUUUAUAUAUUGAGAUUUCUGUUUAUGGGUUAAUGAUUAAAUGAAUAUAGUGAUUGGUAUCAGACAUGUUGCUGUAAGAUUGGGGCAGUGCAUAGAGAGCAAGAAAGAGAGAGAGAGAGGAAGGACAAUAAAGAAAGUAAAUGAGGAUG